GUCUGAAGUCAACAUCUGGAUAUCCUGAGAUGACCAGCUGGUUCUAAAUGAGCCAAUCAGCCUCUGAAAAGAGGCCAAGAGUUGAUGAUGGCGUCACAAUGAAGACUUAACGAUAAGAAAAAAACUUGCUCUGGCUUUAAAUACCACUCUAUGGGUAAGCACUUGUCUGAUUGAAUGAUCAUUUCACUGCAAGGAGUUUGAAUAUCUGGACUAUUUUUUAAACUGACUGGAAAGCGAUGCAGCUGGCUCCUGAUUGGUGGGUCCUGCAGGCAGAGGCCAAUGACUGACAGAAGAUGUCCAUGAGCGUAAAGAAGAAGAAGUCACCCUCUGUGCUCUCUGACGCUGCCUCUCAUAAUCAUUCUCAGCGCUAUCCUUCUUCGACCCCUCCACUACCUCUGAGGUCUCUGCAACUUGUUGCUAGGCAACCACAGGCACCUGUUGUGCUGCGGGAGCGUAAGAAGGCGUCGGCGGUCAGGGAGUCCUGGCCGCGCGCCUCAGCAGCAGCCCACCACAGAUCUCUGACUCCACCCUCCAGGGCGCAUUCAGUUGCAGAAACUCGGCAAAGGCCCUCCAGUGCACCAAGAUCAGACAUCGUCUCAAUAGCUCCGACUGCCUCAGUGUCCCAGAAUCCUCUGCUUCCAGCAGCCUGUCCUCAUCGGUCAGUUCCUGCUAGAGCUACGCCCAAUGGGCGAGGUUCCGAUUUAACCAUGAUGUCACUACUGCUGUUUUACCACAGCUCUUCCAGUCUUUUGGGCAUUGAUGGUAAAAUUGAGCAGGCAAUGGAUCUGGUGAAGAGUCAUCUGAUGCUGGUGGUGCGUGAGGAGGUGGAGCUUUUACGAGAACAACUGAAAGACCUGCAGGAGAGGAACCUGCAGCUUGAGAGAGAAAACCACAUCCUGAGAACGCUGACCCACAACAUCUACUCGCCAACGGGACACAGAAUAUCUCAGUGAUAUACUGUGGACAGUCACAGUGUUCUCCUCUUGGACACAUGCAGUCUGAAAUGAAUUGGGCUGGAAAAGUUUCCUUAUCCGAAGUAGAAAAUGUCAUGCAGUAAAAAAAAAACUGAAAAAGUAUUCAGGUGAUGGAAGGCUAGUCAGCUACGAGGCUAGUCCACUUUUCAUUUGAUAAUAAGCUGGCAUGCUAGUGCGAUACAAUACUGCAAUAAAAAUUUUUUACUUUUUCCACUUUGACACAGUCAUUGCUUAACGUGAAGAUCAGCUGCAAUUUGUAAGUCAGGAAAUAACAGUAAUCUCUAAAGGGUCUGGAAAAGCACUGGGACAUGCAAUGUCUUAUGUCAUUGUGCAGCUUGUCCUCACAUCUAAAUCCAAAAGUCCACUCUACUUUUGUCAGAAUUAGAUUAACAGAAUGUGUUUACACUUCACGGCACACAUACUUUUUUGUGUGUUGAGCUCAAUGCAGCUCAAAACAGCAACAAACUUUACAACAGGGUAGUGCAAAAGUCUAAAGGGUUAAUAAUCACUAAUAUUAUGCUUCUUCCUACAUUUUCAACCAUUUUAAUCU